UGGCCGACGCACUGUGUGACCAAACCCUUCUAGAAGAUUCUCAGGCGCAGGCAGAAAAACACGCUGUGGGCGUGGAUUAGCAAGUGCAGCCUUGGGGGCGCUGGACCUUCAGCUAGAAUAGGCGCCUUUUCAGAGAUGUUUCAGGCUGCAUGUAUCAAGUAGUUCAGACGAUUGGCUCGGACGGAAAAAAUCUUCUGCAAUUACUUCCAAUUCCUAAUUCUUCUGGAAAUCUUAUCCCACUAGUUCAAUCUUCAGUCAUGUCUGAUGCUUUGAAAGGGAAUACAGGAAAACCAGUUCAAGUUACUUUUCAGACUCAGAUUUCCAGCUCUUCCACAAGUGCAUCAGUUCAAUUGCCCAUUUUUCAGCCAGCCAGUUCUUCAAAGUAUUUUCUUACAAGAACAGUAGAUACAGCAGAAAAAGGUAGAGUUACUUCUGUGGGAACUGAAAAUUUUACCUCAUCAGUUUCUAAAGUUAAGAGUCAUGGUGUGAAAAUUGAUGGACUCACCAUGCAAACAUUUGCUGUUCCUCCCUCAACACAAAAUGAUUCAUCUUAUAUUGUAGUCAAAACCCCGAAUCUUCCAAUGACUGUGAAGUCUCCAGUUUUGCCUUCCGGGCAUCAUUUACAAAUUCCAGCCCAUGCUGAAGUGAAAUCCGUACCUGCAUCAUCAUUGCCUCCUUCAGUUCAGCAAAAGAUACUUGCAGCUGCAACCACAAGUACCUCAGGAGCAGUUGAGUCCUCCCAAAUACCAACAGUUAUUUAUGUAUCUCCUGUAAAUACAGUGAAAAAUGUAGUUACCAAGAACUUUCAAAAUAUCUAUCCAAAACCUGUUAAAGAAAUAGCAAAGCCAUUGAUACUAAAUACCACCCAAAUUCCAUCGAAAGUUGCUGCAGAGACACAAUUAAAAGGUGGUCAGCAUUCUCAAGCUGCUCCAGUGAAAUGGAUUUUUCAAGAAAAUCUACGGCCUUGUACUCCAUCUCUUGUUCCUGUUAAAUCUUCAAAUAAUGUGGCUUCAAAGAUUUUAAAAACUUUCGUAGAUAGGAAAAGUUUGGGAGAUAAUACUGUAAAUAUGCCAUCAUUGAGUACCAUCAGUCCUAGUGGGACACAAUCCAUAAGUGUGCCAAUUAAAGAUAAUGCUUUGGUUAUGUUUAAUGGGAAAGUCUAUCUGUUGGCUAAAAAGGGGGCAGAUAUUUUGCCAUCACAAAUUGAUCAUCAGAAUUCUGUUUCUCCUGAUAUUCCACUAAGAAAAAACACAUCACAGGUAGUGAGUUCAAGUCCUGUCACAGAAAUAUCCAGAGAGGUUGUAAAUAUUGUUUUGGCUAAAAGUAAAUCUUUACAGAUGGAGACAAAAUCACUUACAAAUACCCAGCUUGCUUCCAUGAUUAAUCUAAGUGCAGAGAAGAAUAAAAUGUUCGAAAAAUCAUCUCUUUCUACCACAAACCCACAUAACAUGAAUCAAUCCAGUAACUACCUAAAACAGAGUAAGACUUUAUUCACAAAGCCAGUCUUUCCAGAUGGAUUUAGUACAGGACAGAAUGCCCCCAGAAAAGGAAAUACGAUCCAGAGCAUAGAGAAAAUAAAUUCCUCUGUUGAUGCAACAACUGUUACUUCACAACAGUAUGUUUUCAGAGACCAAGAAUCAAAGAUACAGAAUGAGAUGGCAUCAACGUUAGGAAAAGUCUCUCAAGGAAGAAAUGACAAGAAAGUCUCUCAAGGAAAUAGUGUUAAGGCAUCAUGUCUGAAGAGCGAUGCUGAAUUUAAAAAGAUAUUUGGUCUCACUAAAGAUUUGCGAGUGUGCCUUACUCGAAUUCCUGAUCAUUUGCACUCUGGAAAAAGUUUUGAUUCCUUUAGCAGUGUGAUGAAGAGUAGUACUAACACAGAGACAGAGUUUGUGGUGAAAGAACAAGAGAGAAAACAGGGUUUUAAUAAGAAAAGAAAAUCCAAAAACAUGAAGAAGAUGGAUCACACAAAGAAGAGAAAAACUGAGAGUACCUGCAACACAGUCAUAAAUGGGGUAACUAUUGUCACCAGUUCCCAACCCCUAUGCAGUGUUGUACCGACUUCAGACGUAUCAAAAAAUAACAUUCCCACAAGCUGCAGCAAAACCAGAGAAGAAAAGAUAACUGAAGUAGAACACUGUUCCCACAAGAAGGAGGAGAAAGGUGCAUUGAGUUCAUAUGCAGCUUUUGAACAAAGUAAUUUCUUUAGUAAAAAAUAUACUGAAGAUAUUUUUCCAGUGACACCACCAGAAUUAGAAGAAACCGUCCGAGAUGAAAAAAUAAGAAGACUUAAACAAGUGCUAAGAGAGAAAGAAGCAGCUCUUGAAGAAAUGCGUAAGAAGAUGCAACAAAAAUAAUAAAAAUGUUAUGUAUUGAAAGACUUUAAUAUGAAAUAACUGUGUUUUUUAAAUAGACUUUUAUAUUAGUAUAUUAUUCCACCCUUAUCUACCAGAAAUGCUAUUCAAAUGGAAGGUUCGAAAGUGGAGAUAGUACUGAACCCUGUAUACAAGCACUGUAAUACUGUUGACAGUCACUCUGAUAACAGUUACAUAAGUGAAUAAAGGUCAGGUAGCAGAUAUAGAGUGGAUACCCUGGACAAAGGGAUGAUUCAUGKCUUGAGCCAGGGGAGUGUAAGAUUUCAUCACACUACUCAAAAUGACAGAAUUUUUUAAAAAGUUAUAAUAAAUUAAUUCUUUCUGGAAUGUUCUGCUUUAAUAUUUCUGGAUAGCAGUUGAUGGUGGAUAACUGAAAUCACAGAAAGCAAAACUGCAGAUAAACAGCGGGACUAUUGUUAAUAUAGAUGUAUUCUGAAAAUGAAACCUGUUUUUUCAUCAGUUUAUUAUAGAAUUUAAGAAAUACAGAAGAGGGUGAUUCAUGUAUGACUUGUGAAUAAUAUACAUGAGGUGUCUGAACCAUUUUCUUAGAUACCUUUUUCUGGAAGGAAAAAAUUUAUAUUUUUCUAUUAUUUUAACUGAAAACUUCCCAAGUUUGAAUAUUUGUAUAUAAGGUUUUUGUUAUUGUUGUAUCUUUAGCUAAAUUGCUCAGGUGUUACUCCAACAAUAGAUAAUUAGUGUGUACUAUUAAAUUAAAUUUUACAGUCCAAGAGAGGAAAUUAGCAGUAAACUUAAAUUUACCUUUGACUUUAAAAGUACUCUCUUGGUCUCUUUACCUGUAAAAUAAUGAUAACUUCUAUCUACCAUUGUUGAUUUUAAAAAUUUCAUUAAAAAUGUAGUAUAGCAGCAUCACUUAAGUAUUUAACCAUUUUUCAAGAGGGAAGGACACCUGUUUUGUAAUUUGUCAGUUAUUUUAUAUAAUCCAAAAUAAUAUUUGGAAUUUAGGCUAUUUGAUAUAUUGUUGGCUUAAAGUGAUGUAUCUUUAGACAGCAGAACCCCCUCUCCCUUUAUUCCUUUGGUAAUAUGUUCAUAUAUUAUAUAGAUGGUGUAAAAAGUAUCAAUACUUUUUACACAGUGAAAUGUAGUUUUUCUUAAUAGAGGAAUACAUUUUUCUUUUUUUUUUUAAUUUUGGAGAGUUUGAACGUAGUGUGGGGAUAGAGAUUAAGAAGAGAGAAGAAUUAGAAAAUGAUUAGCAAAUAUGGGGGAAUAAGAUUUUUAAAAAUGUGUCCUGGCAACAACAGAGAAAAUACUAAAUCAAAAAAUACUGAAUAGGAUUGAAAUAAGUACAUCAACUAGACUCUGCUGCCUUUUUAUUUUUGCAAAUAGCUUUAUUGAGAUAUAUUUCACAUAGCACUAAAUUCUCCCUUUUUAAAGUGGUUUUUAUUCUAUUCAGAGGUGUGCAACCAUCAAUACACUUUGAACACAACAGGAACAAGUCCUAUACCAUAGCCAUCACCCCAUUCAUUAUCCUUUCCUGUCUAAGUACCACUGUUUCUGUAAAACUGUCUGUUGCAAACAUUUCAUCUGCAUGGAGUCAUACAAUAUAUUUUAGUUUAGUUUAGUUUUGUUUUUACUUGGCCUAAUAUUUUCAAGGUUCAUCCGUGUGGUAGGAGGCAACAGCACUUCAUUAAUUUUUGCUGAAUAAUAUUUUCUUGUAUGAAUAUAUAGUCAUCCCUCAAUAUCUGUGACAGAUUGGUUCCAGAACCCUUCCCAGGGAUAUCAGAAUCUUUGAAUAAUUAAGUUCUUUUAUAAUAUGGCAUAGCAUUUGCUAAUAGGCUACUUAUCUCCUCCUGUAUAUUUUAAAUGAUUUCUAUAUUACUUGUAAUGCCUAGUACAAUGUAAAUUCUGUGUAGAUAAUUGUCCUUAUUGUUUAGGAAAUAUUGAAAAAAAUAAAGUCUGUAUGUGUUCAGUACAGACAAAAAAAAAAAAAAUCCAAAUUUUUGAUGCAUGGUUUGUUGUGGAACCUGCAGACAAAGAGGGCCAAUUGUAUCACACUUUGUUUUUCCAUUCAUCUGUUAUGGAUAUUUGGAUUAUUUCCACUUUGGGCUACUAAAAAUGUUGCUAUGAAUGUUUGUGUGCAAAUUUUUGUAUGAAUAUAUUUUCAACUACUUUGAGUAUGUACCUAGGCAUGUAAUUGCUGGGUUAUACAGUAACUCUGUGUUUAACAUUAUGUGGAACUGCUGAACAGUUCCAUUCAGUUUUGCUGCCUCUACUUAAAUAGAUCUUGUCAAGGUCCUCAGUGAUUUCCAUGUUAUUUAAUCCUAAGGUCACCUGUCAGUCUUCUUAAUAAUUUCAUAAAUCAUUAAUGACUUUGAUAAAUAUUUAAAAUAUUUAUUACAGAGUAAUGCAUGUUCAUUGUGGAAAAAAUUAGAAAAUAUAGCAAGCUAAAAAUCAAAUCUUCACAGUCCCAUCAUUGAGCAUUCAUCACUAAAGUUAUACAUUCACCUUAAUGUAUAUCUUUUCCAGUCUUCUCUGUAUGUAUAUUUUUUACCAAAAUAGGUUUUUAUUUUUUUAUCCUGCUUUUAAAGUUAACAGUUUUCAGCCUUUCAAUAAACUUUCAUUUCUUUCAAUAUUCACACCACAUUCACCUAUUUGACCGCAGGAUAUCAUUUUCAACUGUUUUUUUCCAAAGCAGAAUCAAAGUUAGGACUACGUGUUUUAUUUAGCCGUUGUAUCAAUUUCUUUUUAUGAUAUUGAUUUGUUGCAAAGAACAACCAAGUGUCCUGUUUCCUUUUACCUUGAUAUACAUUGAUUUCACUUCCAGUAGAUCACACUUCUGUGUCAGUGUGUGGCUCAUUUUCAGUCUUCUUUCUGGUUCCUUCUCCCCAAUUUCUUAAUAUUUAAGUGCUCUAGGUUUCAUUCCUUUGGUUUGCUUCUCUGCUUUUGCUCACUUUCUCAUCCAGUUUGUGGCUUUAAACACUGAAUGUUAACAAGCAACAGAUUUUCUUUACUUUGAAAUCUCUGUCUUGGAUCCAGACUUUUAUAGCCAAAUGCUUAUUUAAAUCUCUAUUAGAUAUCUAAAUAAACACCUCAGACUUUUGGCCAAAAUAGGACUUGUGUUCUUUCCCCAAACCAACUUUACCCACAAUUUUUUCCAUUUUAGCUGAUGACAAUAUCUUAUCUGUUYCUAAAGCCAAAAAAACUUGUCAUUCUUUACUUCUUUCUCACACCCUGCCUUUACUUCAAAUUCAUUUGGUUUUGCUUUCAAAAUACUUCAAAUCUGACCACUUUUCAUCUUCCAUGCGCUAGGCCCUGGAGUGGAUUAUUAGUAGCCUCUUAAGCCCUCUCCCUCCUUUCUGCCCCUACAGCCUUGUCUCAGUACAACAACCAGUGAUCCUUUUGAAACAAGUCAUUCUUUAUUACAUGUCAGUGACUCCUAUCACAUGGAGUAAAAGUGAUGAGGGCUAGAGCUCCAACAGGAGCAAAUUGAAUUAAAGUACAGCUCUUUGAACAUCCUUUCUACGCAAUUGCAGUCUCAUGUCCUGUUUUUGUCUAGGUAGAGAAGUCAACUUUUCCUUAAAAAUUAUGAACUGAGAUUUGAAAGGAAACAGGAUUUAAAUUAUUGAAGGGAUAAGAAGUAGAUAUGGAAGAACUUUCCCAUCAAAGGGAGACAGUGAACCGAAAGGUAGGAGAGAGUAUGGCCUAUGUGAAGAGUAAAAGAAUACCAGUGUAGCUGAAAGCUGAGUGAAAUAUUGUGAAAACUGGAAGGACAAAUUUAAUUCCCAAAGAGUAGCUUGAGCCAAUUGAUCUUAGUUCCUUUGAAGACAAUUUGGUUUUACUACCCAGAUAAUUAUAGUAUUUUCUCUUUAUAACUUAAGUACUUUGUUACAUUAUUUUUCUGCUUAGGUAUUUAUAGAGCACUUAGCUUCCCAUAGUUCCAAACUUUCAUUGAAUUCCUUCCUCAACACUGAAUCUUUUCAUAGGCCUUUCUUUAGUUCAGAAGUUUCAAGAUAGAAGUUUCUCGG